GAAGCUGGCUUUGGAGCGGAUAUUGGAAUGGAAAAAUUCUUCAACAUCAAAUGCCGUGCUUCUGGCCUGGUACCCAAUGUGGUGGUGCUGGUGGCCACCGUGAGGGCGCUGAAGAUGCACGGAGGGGGGCCGAGUGUCACUGCUGGUGUCCCUCUAAAGAAAGAAUAUACAGAGGAGAACAUUCAGCUGGUGGCCGAUGGCUGCUGUAACCUGCAGAAGCAAAUUCAGAUCGCACAGCUCUUUGGUGUUCCAGUUGUGGUGGCGCUGAACGUCUUCAAAACCGACACCCGUGCCGAGAUUGACUUGGUGUGCGAGCUGGCCAAGCGGGCCGGCGCCUUUGAUGCGGUCCCCUGCUACCACUGGUCGGCGGGGGGAAAGGGGUCAGUGGACUUGGCCCGGGCUGUGAGAGAUGCUGCGAAUAAAAGAAGUCGUUUCCAGUUCCUCUAUGACGUUCAG